AGUUCACUACGUCACUGUGACUUUUCGACAUUCCUGGGGGGAAUUUCGAUAUGCGCGCGCAAAAUGUCGAUCAGUUUCAACAGGGUGACCAUGGUAACGGCCAGGGAAAAGCAAAUUCCAGGAUUUUCAGGACCUUUUUGAAACUUUUUGAGUGAAUCCGUGGGCGAAAUGAGUGAAGAAUUGGCCAAGGUUGGCCUUUACAUCGAUGACCUGUACCUACUGAGGGUGAUUGAGCCAGAAAUUGCCAAUGAAACCAACGAUCUCAGGCAUGAUUGCACCAGCUACAGCGACAAGCUCCAGGACUUCCAGACACUCAUCCAGAGCUUCAUCAGGGUGGCAGAAGACUUUGGAGCCGAGGUGGAGCGAGAGAAAAUCCGCACAAUUGGCAUUCAGAAUCUCGUGAAGAAUCUCUCAAAGCAGCGAGAAUCCGAACACCAGAAGAUUCAGUCGCAGAUUGUUGAGAAAUCCCUGGAAUUAGAACGCCUAAAGAUUGAGCUACAGCACCUGCAGCGCAUUGAAUCCGAACAGCAAGAGAUCAUCGACAAUUUCUAUCAAACUCAAUAAAAGAAACCCCAAAAUUUGUUCAUUGAUUUUUAUUCAAUUAAAUUACUCACGAAAUUUCUCGGAUCGUCUUCUGAUAAACAUUUUUUUUUUGUUGUAAAAUUAAACAUUAAUGAAUAUUUUUUUUUAGCAAUUCUGUUCACUAAAUGAAUGUAUGACAAAAUUGUAACUUUUCUCAUUUGAAAGUAAAACGUGUUUCUUAAA